GCCCGGCCGGGUGGCGGCGGCGGGGCCUGGCCCGGGCGAAGAUGGUGCUGGUGAGCGCGAUCGUGCUGCUCUGCUCCUGGGCGGCGGGUGCCGGAGGCCAGUAUGGAAAUCCUUUAAACAAAUACAUUAGACAUUAUGAAGGAUUAUCUUAUGAUAUGGAUUCAUUACACCAAAAACACCAGCGUGCCAAAAGAGCAGUGUCCCAUGAAGACCAGUUUUUGCGCCUAGAUUUUCACGCUCAUGGAAGACAUUUUAACCUUCGAAUGAAGAGAGAUGCAUCCCUCUUUAGUGAUGACUUUAAAGUAGAAAUAUCAAAUAAAGUAACUGAUUAUGAUACCUCCCAUAUUUACACUGGACAUAUAUAUGGUGAGCAGGGAAGCUUUAGCCAUGGAUCUGUUAUUGAUGGAAGAUUUGAAGGAUUCAUCCAGACGCACAGUGGCACCUUUUAUGUUGAGCCAGCAGAGAGAUAUAUUAAGGACAGAGCCCUACCGUUUCACUCUGUCAUUUAUCAUGAAGAUGAUAUCAAGUACCCCCAUAAAUACGGACCACAAGGAGGCUGUGCUGAUCAUUCUGUGUUUGAAAGAAUGCAGAAGUACCAAAUGACCGGUGUGGAGGACCCAACACAGAAACCUUUUGAAGAAACCAUCACCAGUGGUCCACAGAUUUUAAGGAAAAAACGUGCAGCUCAAGCUGAAAGAAAUACAUGUCAGCUUUAUAUUCAGACUGAUCAUCUCUUCUAUAAGCAUUAUGGAACAAGGGAAGCUGUAAUUGCACAGAUAUCAAGCCAUGUUAAAGCAAUUGACACAAUUUAUCAGUCAACAGAUUUCUCAGGAAUUCGUAACAUCAGCUUUAUGGUGAAACGAAUAAGGAUCAACACAACUGCUGAUGAGAGGGACCCUUCCAAUCCCUUCAGAUUUCCUAACAUUGGUGUGGAGAAGUUUCUGGAACUGAACUCGGAGCAGAAUCAUGAUGAUUAUUGCUUAGCUUAUGUAUUUACAGACCGUGAUUUUGAUGAUGGUGUCCUGGGUCUGGCUUGGGUUGGAGCUCCUUCAGGGAGCUCUGGGGGAAUAUGUGAAAAGAGCAAACUUUAUUCUGAUGGUAAAAAGAAGUCCUUAAAUACUGGAAUCAUCACUGUUCAGAACUAUGGGUCUCAUGUCCCACCUAAGGUUUCUCACAUCACUUUUGCUCAUGAGGUUGGACAUAAUUUUGGUUCUCCUCAUGAUUCUGGAAUGGAAUGCACUCCAGGAGAAUCCAAGAGUUUGGGACAAAAAGAAAAUGGCAAUUACAUCAUGUAUGCAAGAGCUACGUCUGGGGAUAAACUUAACAACAACAAGUUUUCCAUCUGUAGCAUUCGAAAUAUCAGCCAAGUGCUUGAGAAAAAAAGAAAUAAUUGUUUUGUUGAGUCUGGUCAGCCCAUCUGUGGUAAUGGAUUGGUAGAACAAGGAGAGCAGUGUGAUUGUGGAUACAGUGACCAAUGUAAAGAUGAAUGCUGUUAUGAUGCAAACCAAUCAGAAGAUAGCAAAUGCAAGUUAAAACCAGGCAAAUCAUGCAGUCCUAGUCAAGGACCCUGCUGUACCGCACAAUGUACCUUCAAACUGAAAACCGACAAGUGUCGGAAUGAUUCUGACUGUGCAAGAGAAGGAAUGUGUAAUGGUUACAGUGCUCUCUGCCCAGCAUCUGAUCCUAAACCAAACUUCACAGAUUGCAACAGACAAACACAAGUUUGUAUAAAUGGGCAAUGUGCUGGGUCUAUCUGUGAGAAGCAUGGCUUGGAAGAAUGUACCUGUGCUAGUUCAGAUGGGAAGGAUGAUAAAGAAUUAUGCCAUGUGUGCUGCAUGAAUAAAAUGAAGCCGAUGACUUGUGCAAGUACCGGGUCUGUCGAGUGGGAGGCGUUUUUCCAUCACAAAACUAUUACUCUCCAACCUGGAUCCCCCUGCAAUGAUUUCAAAGGCUACUGUGAUGUAUUUAUGAGGUGUCGGUUAGUAGAUGCUGAUGGCCCGCUAGCCAGAUUGAAGAAAGCAAUCUUUAAUCCAGAGCUGUAUGAAAAUAUUGCAGAAUGGAUUGUGGCUCACUGGUGGGCAGUAUUACUUAUGGGAAUUGCUCUGAUCAUGUUAAUGGCUGGAUUCAUUAAGAUAUGCAGUGUUCAUACUCCAAGCAGUAAUCCAAAGUUGCCUCCUCAUAAACCACUCCCAGGCACUUUAAAGAGGAGGAGACCACCACAACCAGCUCAGCCACCGCAACGUCAGAGGCCCCGAGAGAGUUACCAGAUGGGACACAUGAGACGCUGACUGCAGCUUUUGCCUUGGUUCUUCCUAGUGCCUACAAUGGGAAAACUCCACUCCAAAGAAAACCUAUUAAAUCAUUGUCCCCAGUCUAAGUCUCAGAAGAAAAAAAAAGGCAAGAUAUUAUGUCCUCAAAACAAGUGGCGAAGUUUAACUUUUAACAAUUGAAACUUCAAGCUAAAAAAGAAGAGAAAAAUGAUUUUCAUACAAACAUAUUUUUAACCGAAUGGCACAAAAUCUUAGAUUACCAUGGUUUUUCCCCCUUCUGUGCUCUUCAUUGCUGCAUUUUUCUUCACUUGCAGGCAAAUAUGGCUCUAGUAAACUUUUAUUCACAAAUUGAAAAAAUAUAUAUUUUUCAACUGCCAGUGAAGGCUAGGAAGCUAGACCACCUCAACAUUGGAGACAUUACUUGCCAAUGUAUAUAAAUUGUUAUAUGCAGACAUGUAUUUCUAACGUACACCCGUACUUUGUGUGCAAUUGUAAACAAAAAAUUGCAAUAUGGAUGUUUCUUUGUAUUAUAAAAACUUUCCGCUAUUAAUGAAGAAAUUACUGUUUAAUUGACAUACUCAGGAUAACAGAGGAUGGUGGUGUAUAAUGGUCAAGGAUUCAGUGAUGCUUUACACAGCAGUUUUUGAAUCAAAUCAAACUUUUUUUAUUAUGAUCAGAGUUGGUUCAAAUACUCAUUUCAUUUUUUAUCAGAACAGCUGCUAAGACAUAGCAUACAUGAUUGAAUGCUCUUAGAGUUGCGUAAAGCAAGUGUUGUGCAAACUUUGCCUAUGCCAGAAUGUUUCAAAAUUACAUUUACUAUGUUUCCAAUUUUUCAUAGUUCAGCAUACGUAUUUUUAAUUUUUAUCUGAUUAUUCAGUUAAAUAAUGAAUAGUUGGAUGAAAUAACUUCAUGCUUUAGUAGAAAAAUAUGCCUGUUAUACAACUUGGUUUUUUUUUAAUGAUUACAACCAGCUUAUUUGGGUUGUUCGGAUAUACUUACUGUAUGAUAAUUAGGUUUCUAAUUCUGAGGGAUGUGGAAAAGAUGAAAAGCUGUUUUUAUUAUUAUUUUUUUAAUUUAUCAAAUAUAUUGAUAACUUUUCAGCCCGAUAUUGUUAAUGGAUAACCACUAAAAUACAAUAAUUUGCCCAGCUACAUAGCUGAGUUAAAUUGUAGUUAGGCCUACUGACUGUCUCUAAUUUUUUUUCUUUUACAAGUAGUGAAGUUCAAACAGCGCAAUGUCCCAUUCCAAAGUUUUUGGGUUUUUUUACAAAUGUAAAUAAUUGGCAUUUUUAAAAGAGAAAACAAAACAAUUGAAUGUCUUACUAUGCUUACUGCUAUGCAGGAAAUGAAAGGGGGGCAUUACAAAAUGUAUAAGCUUCUUAUAUAUUUAUUGCUUAUUUUCCAAAAGCACCAAGCUAAUUAGAGGCAAAAAGCUAUAAUUUUCCUGGCUUUGCUUAGGAGAAAAUUUACUAAAGGUUGGACAGGCUUCGUUUUGUGGGUUUUUUUUUAAGAGUAUAAGGUUUACACAAUCAUUCUCAUAAUGUGACGCAAGCCAGCAAGGCCAAAAAUGUUACAGAAUAUAAUGGGAUCUCUUCCUUGUAAACUUGUACAGUAUGUGGUGACUUUUUUCAAAAUACAGCUUUUUGUACAUGGUUUAGAGACAAAUUUUGUACAUGAAACCCCAGUCCAAUAGACUUUAUAAAUAAUUCUAAAUGAUCUUAACUAGUUAGAAAUGUAUGUAGUUGCUUUUAAAUCAUUUUAAAUACAUUUGUUUUCCGACUGUGCAAAGAUUGGAAGUGGGUUUGCAUUUCUAAAAUGGUGACUUUUAUUCAGCAAGAGUUCUUAGUAACUUGGAGUGUGGUAGACUUUGGAACAUGUAAAUUUUUUGCUUGUAAUGUUAUCCUGUGGUAGGGUUUUGGCAGAUAUAUGCUGCCUAUUUUAUUCUAAGUUAAAUGUUUUCUGAACAGAGCAAUGUGCACUGAACUCUCCACUGCAAGACGAGAUGUGGUAAAACAAAAAGAAAGAUCAAGACAAAUGAGAUCUAAUACUACUGUCAGUUUAAUGUCCACUGUGUUUUAUACAGUAUCUUUUUUGUUCACUUUGGAAAUUUUUACUAAAAUUGCAAAAAAUAAAGUAUUGUGCAAAGAUAUGUAAGGUUUUUUGAAACUUGAAAUGCAUUAAUAAAUAGACUUGAGGAAAUCCAUUUUGAAGGUUCAUUUGCUUUUUAAAAUCUAAAAGCAAAAUGGAGUGUAUUAAACGUUGCUGUCUUUUAAUUUUCCUUUCACUACAAUGAACAAGCAUAAUUGUGCUAUCAGUGCACCAGAAAGAGUGGUUGUCCACAUCCCCUAGUUUGAGCUUCGCACAGUAAGUACAAAGAGUAUAUAUGUUCAUUUGUGCAAGGAAAUAUGUUGACUUUUUAAAAAUGAAGGCCUAAUUAUUUUUUUUCUGUGUUUAUGAUCAAAGUGUUUUAACUUAUUCUCUGCUGUUAUAUUUAAAAAUGAAUCUAAUUCCUGUCAAAGUGUUUAAGGUACAGACCUCUGUUGUCAGUUUGGUGGUUAUCCUGUGAAAUAAUUUUGCUUUCCUAAAAAGUUACCUUACUUAUUCUAAGUAACAUAGAAUUCAUUUGAAGAUGCUGCUAAUGAAUAAGACUGCUAAAAGCAUUAUGCAAAACACCCUUCUACUGCAUAUAGUAAAAUGUCUGUCACUUGGGUAUGUCUUUCCAUCUUUUUUUGUUCACAUUCUUGUAUCUUAACUUCUUCAUAACUGAUAUCAUUUUAAAAGAAGAAAAGUCUUACCAACCACAUCUUUCAUUCAGAAGAUGGUGUUGUCUAAGCAAUGCCUGCUCAGCCUUUUUGUUUUUUCCCCAUAAUUGAAAAAUUUAGCUGAGGAACUCCUGAGUAAGCUUUUUGAUCAACAGCAUGCUAGCAGACCCAUCACCACAAUUUUUGAAAUCACGACUUCCCAUGAAAAUUAAAUUGCAUAGUAAUGACAAAGAAUGGUAAGAUAGUGGGAACGCAGCAUCUUUGGAGAUCUACAGGUUUUUUAGGUGCCUAAGUAAUGAUUUAAGUGUCUGGAUAUGCUCAGAAAUUGAAAACUUUUGUCAGCACCUAAAAAAAAAAAUAAAUAAAUUGUUUAAAUUGUUCUUGGA